AUGGCAAGUGUCUGGGGGCGGGAAGGCGGUGGGGGAGCGGCGGGGCCCGGCGGGAGGCUGCGGCGGGAGGCUGCGGCGGGAGGCAGGGGAGGGCUGGCGCUGCCCGCGGCCCGGCUGCCGCCUCCGGGCCUGCCCCGGCCGCGCUGCCCGCGCGGGAAGAGCACCCCCCCUGCGCCAGUGGCAGCAGCGAGAGAAGCCCGGAAGGCAGCCAGGAAGGUUGUCAUUGCUGGUGUUCCUGAUGGCCUGCUGCAGGAGGAUGUCAUGGCUGACAUCCUCACCAUUCAUUUCCAGAAGGCAAGGAAUAAUGGUGGAGAUGUGGAAGAAGUGGAGUAUCCAACAAGGCUGAAAGGAGUUGCCUACAUCACUUUUGAAGAUCAGAAAGUUGUAGAGAGCGUUCUGAAGAAGGAUGACCAUCAGCUGGAGGACAGGAGGCUCUCCAGACACUACCCCCUGAGGGUAACGCCUUACUGUGAGAACGUCUUCAGCUCUGUCACCUCUGUCCUCAAUAUGUCUGUUUUCAAAGAGCAGUUUGUCUUGGAAGAGCUGCUACAAGAAAUCCAAGGGAAGAGCACAGCACUGAGCUUUGGCCCUCUGCAGCCCGAUGGGCACGUUGCAGUUCAAGGGUCAUUCCCAGACAUCAAAUUGCUGAGAGACUUUCUCCUACUCAAAGCAAAAUGCCUUUCAGAGAAGGACAGAAGAGGAGAGAGUAAGUCCCACCAGAGUCCAAGGCGGAUGCUGCAAGACACCCAGGCUAACAGAGGGCUGAGUAGCUCUGCGCCUGAUGCGGAUGGGGAAACCCAAGUGGUUGUUCUUGACGCAGAUGUGUAUCUCUACAUGAAGUCCUUCCACCCCAGCACACUCCAGGGAGGUGCUGGUGUUGUCAUUUCUGCCAUCACUGACUGUGAUACCACUACCCUGCACAUUAAGAGUGCUGGACAUGGGGCUGAUGUGGGACAGAUCUCCAGAACCAGAGAGCAGAUUGAAGACCUGUCUGCAAAACUUUACAGGGCUUUACGUAAGGAAAGGAUCUACCUGAAGGAGAGCAGCAGAGGGGAAAAGGAGAGGUACCAAAGGCUGUGUGGCCACCUGAAAGCCCGUUUCCCUCAUGUUUUGGUGAUUGAGCAGGAUGCUCACAUUGAUGUUAUAGGAGAACAGGCUGAGCUGCUCCGCUUUACCAGGGAGCUGAGCAGUACGAGGCAGAGCUGGUAG